AUGGCCAUCAAAGCCGACCCCAGCGAUACCAAAUUCACAGUUUUCAUCCGCCUACCCUUUCCAAGAGGCGACUUCGUCGAUCCACCACCAGUGGAAUGGGAUGCAUACAAAGACCAAGCACUUUGGGAUAUCCUUUCCCGCCCAUCGAAAGGAGACAUAGAUUGGAAAGCACUUGCAGAGAACUUUGAGGUUACCUUGCAAUUUUUACUCCAGCAAGCUGCAUGGCUUUAUGAUCGACAAUUAUCACAGGUCCGUGCUCAGAUUCGCAAGGUUGGGACUACGCAGUCAAAUUCGCCUUCUCCGGCACCUGGGUCUGUUUCUGGGAGUACGGCUUUGGGUGGGCAGGCGCAGAAGGAGGCACCGGUGACAGCACCUCGAGGUGCGAUGAGACAGACGUCUCAGCAGAAAGAUAUCCCGCGACGAUCUUUUGAUGACCGGCGCGCUAGUACCUCGACUUUGCCUGGCACUCAGCAACGCGGGCCUCAGGACCCAACUCGUACUGACACGCCCACAGCUGACGCGAAAGACUCAUACUGGGAAUCCCUUAACCGUCGACCUUCGGUCGCCCGACGGGACCAGCCUCCCACCCCUGUGCUCCGAUCGCCGCCGUUGGAAGAAGAAGAUCUAUCUUCGAGUCUGUCAGAAGAUUCUGAUUCUGACGAAGAGACCAGCAGACAGAUGCCGAGAUUCAAGCGAUUUGGCAAAUUCUCCACCCAACGCUCCGGCCUCCGAGAUGAUGAAGAUGACGAAUACGAUACCCCAGCAUUCCUCCCUCUAGCCCGGGAAAACGAACAAGCCCAACGCGAACGACCGGAACAAGAACUCAGCGCUACUCUCCGGUUAGAUGCCGAGCGAGCAGCACAACGACGACGCAAACCAGAACGCCCGGGCCACGGAAUCCCUGCAACAGAUUCAUCAACUAGCUCCAUGAGCUCCGGGGCUCCGGUCAGUGUCUCUCCCAGCGACAGUAGGCGCAUAAACCCCGCCGCGCCAACCUUGAAUGCUAGGCGACUCCCUGAAUCCCGUCAGAACUCUCGCAAGUCGACAGCAUCCGGGCGCGAGGCCAGCGACGGUACCCCCAGUAUGGGAAGCAGCUUUAGUGAUCUCGACGGUUCGUACCCUGACCCCGAGGACCUUGGAUUCUUACUGAUCGACCCUGUAGAUGCAAGCGUCACUCAAUCUGCCCUGGAGGAAGCUCUUCUGAGCAACAUGCAGCAUGGUGGGAUGGCAAGUCGGAUGAGCACGAUCAGCCAGGCACUUCGCAGUCGCUAUCUACAGUGA